AUGCAACAAAUUCUGCUUAUUCUGAAUUCGCUCGCCUCAUUUUCUUCCGCAGCAGCCGCAUUAAUUUCCACUGCAAAGCCUGCGUUGCUGUCAAACUCACCUCACGUCACCAAUGGCGAGCGCUUCUAUCAGCGUAUGUAUGCGGUGCGCGCUGUGCCAUUAGAAGUACUGACGGCGAUUCUCCCAUUCUAUCUCGGUGGUCCGGCAGUGGCAUCUAUCAUCGGCGCUGCUGCGUUUGUUCAAGCAGCGGAUGUGGUGAUUGGUAUUGGUAGGAAGGAUGCAGGGAUGAUUUUCGGUGCUUCAUUUGCUACAGCGGUUCAUGUUCUAUGUUUCUUUUCUAUCUCAUGA